CAAAUUUAAACACUUUAUAUCAGAAGAGAAUCCCAGUCCAAAUCCAAUAUGGUUGCACAGUUACCUGCUUUUGGGUAGAUACACGCAUACACAUGAUAUAUAUAUACCAUAGCUCCUCUUAUGCCUCCUCAGCUUCCAUCAUAACUCUCAUUUCUCAUUUGCUUUUUUUUAUCUGUUGAGUUUGAUUUCUAGAAACUAAAAGUUAUGAUUGAUCCUCAAUCACCAAUCUCACCUCACCUAUACCCACAAGCAAUUCAACUCAAACUUUACCAAGCCUUCAUCUUCUCCAUUCCCAUCUUAUUCUCCAUCAUUCUCUUCCUCUUGUUCUAUCUUUUUUACCUUAAGAGAAGAGCCUCUUCUCUCUCCCCACCUUCUCCAAUGACUCUUCCUGUUUCCUCGAGCCACCAGGCUUCUCCUCAUCUCCCCUCGGUUUGUUUGUUAGAUGUGAAAGUAGAGCUGAAAGGAAAGCUUCAUGUGGUUUUGUUCAAUGAGGAAUUAGGAACAAGAGAUUCUAUAUGUUGCGUAUGUUUGGGAGAAUUCGAGUUGAAGGAAGAGUUGGUGGAAAUGCCUUCAUGCAAACACAUAUUUCAUCUCGAUUGUAUUCACCUUUGGCUUUAUUCUCACACCACUUGCCCUCUCUGUCGUUCCUCUGUCUUAAUCUCUUCGACCAAAACCUCUGUCGACGACGACAACAACCAACCAGAUUCUCUUGAAACGUCACCGGUUUGACUUAUUAACCCCGAAGAAAUAAGCAGUUACAAGUUUUGUUAGUCAAUAGAUCAAAUACAAAAUGUAAAUCUUAAUUUUGUUGUUCAAGAGAUGAACAUGUAUACCAUCACAUUACAUAUUGGUUACAUAGAUAGAAAAGGUUUAAAGUUUUAAAAGUCAA